CACAUCACCUACUUGCUAUCCACCCCACGGCUUCACCGUUCACUCGUGGCCUCCAGUCCCGAUGGCGUUGCUCUCCCUCGGAAUGGCGAUGGGAGCCGCUCCCAUGGCCGUGGCCGCCCCCCGCCUCUCCUUCUCCCGGACCGAGAGCCUCUCCAAUUUCUCAUCCACCCUCUCCAUCUCUCCUCACUGGAACUCGACGGCCUUCACCGCCGCCCUUCCCCCUCCCCUCUACAUAUGCUGUGGCAGAGGCGACAAGAAGACUGCAAGGGGGAAGCGGUUCAAGCACUCCUUCGGAAACGCCCGUCCUCGCAACAAGAGCAAGGGCAGAGGUCCCCCGCGGACUCCAGUGCCGCCCUCGCCGCCCAAGAAGGACAAAUUCGACGACGGGGAGAUCGUCAGAAUUGAAAUCGAUGAGUCCCUCUUCUCCUAAGAAAUAGUCUUUCGUUGUGAAACCGUGUUGGUGUGCUUGCUUAGGUGAAACACUAAUUUGCUUAUUGAAAGAUGAUAUUUUUAUGUAA